CAUGAGAAUUUAUUCCUUGUCCGACAAAUUCUCGUCCGGCUCAAACUAGGAUGGCAGAAUCCCACUAGAAGAGGGCUUCUUGGGUAUAGUGGAAAACAGAAGUGCUUUUUCGUAAUUAAGGAGUCUCGUGCAAUUACCGGGAUCUCUGCAAACCCUUGCUUAUAAAUAUGCUUGGUCCGCAUCUCCACGAGCUCUCUCUAGCUCUCGCCCUUGUUUGUUUCUGCUGCUUCUUCUUCUCUCCUCUGUGUGGCUCGAUCCGAGAGAAACUCAGCUAUCAUGUUGGUCUACCAGGAUUUGCUUACCGGUGAUGAGCUUCUCUCGGACUCAUUCCCAUACAAGGAAAUUCAGAAUGGCAUGCUGUGGGAAGUUGAGGGAAAGUGGGUUGUUCAAGGAGCCAUUGAUGUAGACAUUGGUGCAAAUCCUUCUGCUGAGGGUGGAGAAGAAGAUGAGGGUGUUGAUGACCAAGCUGUUAAAGUGGUUGACAUAGUUGACACAUUUAGGCUCCAGGAGCAACCUGCUUUUGACAAGAAACAGUUUGUCACCUACAUGAAGAGAUAUAUCAAGUUGUUGACACCUAAGCUGGAUGAGGAGAAGCAAGAGACUUUCAAGAAAAACAUUGAGGGAGCAACUAAGUUCCUGCUCUCGAAGCUCAGUGACCUCCAAUUUUUUGUGGGGGAGAGCAUGCAUGAUGAUGGCAGUCUUGUUUUUGCUUACUACAAGGAAGGUGCCACUGAACCAACAUUUUUGUACUUUGCCUAUGGUUUGAAGGAGAUCAAGUGCUAAGGCUAGAUAGCUUCUCGAAGUGGAAGUUCUUGCUGUAGUUCAAUUUUUUAUCUUUGUACCCUUUUUCAUUUGGUGCUUCAUGCCUCCUAUUUUGGUUUGAUUGCAGUUGAUGAUUAAACUAUAAGAUGUUUUUCUAUCUCAUUGGGUACUAAUAUUGUGGUUGACAAAUAAUUUGAUCCUUUAUUGAGGGUGUAUUAUAAAUUUAUCAGCAAGUUGGUAAUUAGUUUGUAUCGAUGCCAUUUUGGUCUCUUCCCUUCUGUGGAAGAUAUGUGAAUUUAUAUCUAUUUCACUGCUUCACUGACAA